UCCAAUGGAGAAAAAAAUCUGAAGAAUAGGCCACUCUGGCCUCCAUGCCUUUAACGGCACGGGGAUACCGAUACUUUUCCAUGCACGCGUAUAAACGUCGGGAGCGCGCAUGCUUCCACGGCACCGUACAUUUCUCCUGAAUUGCAAAUGUGAUACCCCCAGAAGCUACGCAGGAUGUGUAGCAACUGGGCGCAACGCACUUUCUGAAUCCGCUUCCGGCGUGCAGACGACACCGAUGCCAGUGCCCACUGACCGAUCACAGGGCUUUUACCCGAACAGCACUGAAUGGUAGCAGCUGAGAGACGGGUGCGGAGCGAGGGUUGUCAAACCCGCAGGAUUUCUCACGGCUCACGGACUAGAAUGCUCUUCUAUAUGUAUCCCCAUAAACGGAUGACAGCCUCCAAACAAACCGACACUGAAAACUUUCAGUUCUACAUUUGACGCGGAGCUGGCAUUGAGAUUUUUUUUCUUUUUUUUUUUGCAAACCAGGUCCAAGAUCAGGCAUCAUGCAGGUGCAAACUGUGGGCUGAACGUCAGUGAAAUGACUCGCUCUUCGUUGAUUCGUUUCAUUGUGCCAUAUAAACCCGCAUUGUCAGAUGCCAUUUUACUCUGCGUUAUCCCAGCGUCGGGAAUUCAGAAAUACUGGGCCUGUUGUGUAAUUAGAAGUUCGUGAGGCGAUGGAAAAACAAGCUGGUGCAACGAGAAGCUACGCUGUCCAAGACACUGUGCGCAAUUUGUGCUGAAGCUUAUGGGUCCUGCGUACUCAAGCUCCCGGCUUCCACUUGGAGAGGUGUGCGGCUGGCUGACAGCUCCACAUCUGGACCGCCUGACUGCUGUCAUCUGCGGCCUGUUCCGACUGUGCGCUGCCUGCACUCGUGUGUUUGAGGGGAACUGACGAGGAUCGCCUCGGAUGGUGUCGUGUUGAGGAAAAGGGGUGAAUAUUUGGCCGGGACUUGACUUGCUAUCGGUGAUCGACGGGGACACCGUGGUCAAAAGCGGGACUGGCUGACUACUCGAGGGACAGACGCGUAUGCAGCGAUGGAUUUUGCGUAGCAAAGUCACGCAUUUUUAAAGGCAACGCUAGGGGUGACACUGCAGUCUUCUCAGCACAUCGGUUAUUGUGUCGUCCGACAAAAAAAACACAAAACAAAAGAGUGACCGUGGAGUAUCGUCCGUCGCACGUACCAGCGCAGCGGGGUUUACACGUCUGGUCGGCGUCCCCCCACCCUUCCCGCGGUGACGGUUAUGGGUCGGAAGCGGUGUGUCGGUGCAGAUUGUUCCAAGAUGGCGGCCGGGUGCUGCGGGGUGAAGAAGCAGAAACUGUCGGGAUCGCCCGUCGGGGGUCCCGGCGGGGUGGGGGCGGGAAGCGGGGUGGCAGGAACCGGACAUUGUGGCUCGGAGUUGGGGAUUGGCUCCUCGGCGACCGUUGCAGCAGCGGCGAACGUGAGCAGAGCCAACGGCCUGGGGGGACCCGGGGGCAGCGUUAGCGGCGGCAGCAGCAGCAGUGGUAGCAGCGGCACGAACGCUCUGUCCCCAUCCCCGGCCGGCUACUCCUCAUCCGGCCUCUCCCCGAAUCUCAGCUCGGGACCUGGCUCGGGAAGUGGAGGCAGAAAAAUGGUCGUCUCAGCGGAGAUGUGCUGCUUCUGUUUUGACGUGCUUUAUUGCCAUCUGUACGGAUACCAACCUCCGAGAACACCCAGGUUUACAAACGAUCCCUACCCGCUGUUUGUCACAUGGAAAAUAGGCAGAGACAAGCGGUUGCGGGGUUGUAUAGGUACAUUUUCUGCCAUGAAUCUGCACUCAGGACUCAGGGAGUACACCCUUACCAGUGCCCUUAAAGACAGCCGCUUCCCCCCUAUGACAAGGGAUGAGCUGCCUCGCCUCUUCUGCUCAGUGUCUCUUCUCACUAACUUUGAAGACGUCGGUGAUUACCUUGACUGGGAGGUGGGUGUUCACGGUAUUAGGAUAGAGUUUUUCAAUGAAAAAGGAUCAAAGCGCACCGCCACCUACCUCCCAGAGGUUGCAAAGGAGCAAGGUUGGGACCACAUUCAAACCAUAGAUUCCUUACUACGAAAGGGAGGUUACAAAGCUCCCAUCACAAACGACUUCAGGAAGACCAUUAAGUUAACCAGGUACCGUAGCGAGAAGAUGACAAUGGGUUAUGCAGAGUACAUCGCCCACCGCCAGCACCAUCACUACCAGAACGGCAUCGGGCACCCUCUACCACCCUACAACCAUUAUUCCUGACAGCGAGCCGCAUGACCAAUCAUUGGACCUCUCCGCAGACCUUUUCCCAGGAGAGCCAGCCCCCUCCUGGUCUAGCUAUUUCUACUACUGUACCAUUUUAUGAUGAUAGUUUCCGUUGCCAUGCUUGCCGUCUCCGAGACGUUGACAUGGCAACGGGUGGCAACGAAGCAUCAUUUGAUUAUGGCAAGAAAUCCACAUUUCUUUUUCUUUGCCUGUGGUUAAGUUUUUGCAGCAUACGUAUACCAAUAUCUAUAACCCCCCUGAUCCAUUAAUAUUUUUGAAAAUUAACCAACUAUUAGAUUUUUCUUCAGCAAACCUAAUCAGGUGUUUGAUUCUGUGGAUGGAAGGAAGUCUUUUUUGGUGGAUAAGUCUCACGCUUAUAUUGUUUAGGCCUUGCAAAAUUUUUACAUUAUCUAAAAAAGAAAAAAAGUUAUCUUAUUUUUUUCCUUCUUUUCUUUAACUUACUAUCCAGACAUGUAUGCCAUGUAGCAAGGCAACUGCAGUUCUCAAAGGCUGUGUCGUCUCUAUUCUGACUCCUCUCAAAAAAAAAAACCAAGAAAAAAAAAAAAAAAAACUGAUCGACUGUUGAGCUUUGUAAACUCUUGUAGUGUUGUAGUUGGAACUAUAUAUCGGGAUCUGUAUACUCCAAAGUCUAGAUAGUAGGAUUGUGAUGCCUUUCGCUGGUAGUGUGCAUUGUUUGCGCUCACAAUCGUGUGUGUGUGUAUUUCUGUGUGUGGAUAUAGAUAUUGGUCAGCCACAAGAUGAAAACCAGUAGAGUGAAUUAGAAAUUGGAUUUUACUUUAAGAUUCCCCACAGAGAUUUUCUUUUUUUUUUUUUUUUAUAUAAAUCCUACCCCCCUGAGAAUUUGUUGUGUUUUGUGGUGGAACCUGUACGCAUUGAACUGAGUUAGUUUGGCUAGAGCUUUCAGCAGUGUUCCCUCUUUUUUGUUUAACUUUUUGAAAUGUAAGGUAAUUUGCGGAGGAAGCCAUUUUGUCUGAGGAUAAUCACAUCUGCGCAGGGGAUUUCUUAAUGUAAAAUGGGCCUAAAAGUGGGUCUGAUUGGCCCACAUUGGAGAUGGGGUGCAGGAGAAACUACAGGUCCCCUAGAACAAAGAAUUUGCAUGAGCAAUGCUUUUAUUUGAAUUGUCUGUUGUUUUGUGAGUUUACUGGCAGGGAGUCACUUGAGCUACUUAAAGCCAUAAUCUCUUUUUACUCUACACUUUGUAAGAGUUAUCUGUUGUUUGGCUUGAAGUGUUGCAUUCGGUACCACCUAGUUCGUAACCUUGAAUAUAAAGGGUCUUCAAUCUUUAAAUGUAAACUUACACCAGCCAGCCUCAGACAAGGCUGCAUCACUGAAUACUAGUCGAAACCCGGCGGUUUCAGUCGGAUGCCUUGUACAUCGCCCCAUAUUGUUGUGGAAACUUUGUCUUGCCUCUUCAGAUUAUAGCUUACCAUUUGUCACUCGUUCACGAAGUAUGAUGUAUCAAAAAUAGUCAUUUUUGAAUGAAGACCCACCAAGGGAGGGAUCUAAUUCACAUGUUUGUGUCAUUUAGGAAUGCAUGUCACUGUGCUCUUCAGAUUAUGAAGCCGUUGCAGCAGUGCAGCUUGUUGAUUUAGUUGUUGAAACCGCACCAACCGCCGUUCCCCCAACACUCUGCUGUUCAGUGAGAUCCCGUUGAUCUGUGUGUUCACGGCGUAGGAAAUGUUUAGAUGUGUGGCCUGUUUUGUCAGCUGUUUGGCAGUAGGUUAGAGCAAACACAGUCGAAUGAGUUGGAGCCGAAUCUCUGCGUGGGGCCCGGCGGCUCUCGGCUAAAGUCUACAAAUACAAAAAGCCAGGGCUUUGUUAGGACUCAAGAAGCCAUUUCUUAUCCAACGAUUACUUGUUGUGAGUCACAUCCACACACACACACUGGGCUAGUUGGAUUCACUUUUCCAGAAUGUUUGAACCGUCAAGGAUCACUGUGAUCCGCCUAUUUUGGCUUUUAGUUCUUCUAACUGGAAUGAUUUGAGAGGUUCUCGUUACACAACAUCUUUCUUCGUAACAGCCUUUACUAACUGACAGAUAAUUUUUUCUUUAUGCAAAAUGUCAAGGGCUUUUUGGCACUCCAUCCACAGUAAACCCGAAAUGACCCCAGAUUUGAGUUGUGUUGCCUUAAAUGAAUGAUCUCGAACAUGAUGGACCGAUGGAUGACGCUCUGACUGUUCCUCUGUCCCGUGGUUCCGCUCGUCACCACCUCCAUCUUAACACCACAGUGUAGGAAAGGGCCUCAGAUGUUGCUUUUUUCCUCACUUGAAUGCUAAUACCUUCUUAGACAUAUGGGGGCUCCUGUAUGCCUGCAGUCUCCUGUUGGCUCACUGUCUUACCCAGCUGCUGGUCCUCAAUUCUUUCUUUUUUGAAAGCCCCACAUAAAACACAUUCUCUUAAAAAUAAUGUCGGGCACUGUGGUGUCGUUACCCCUAAAUGUUUCAAACCCACGGGAGGACAGCUUCACGCCUCGUCAAAUUGUACGCUUUCAUUAUGAAAACACUACAUCGAAAGUUUGGAAGAGGAGCAGUCAGGCAUUCAUUUCCUGGUCCAUUUAACACAGCACAACCUGAAUAUCUUCUGCUGCAAAACCAAAUUGACCAUGCUCUUUUACAUAUAUGUCUUUGUAUACACAUGCAAUGUAUUUAGUUGCAUGUAUGUAUGAGUAUGAGACCUAUGGUUUUAUCCAUGAUAUGCUUGAUCUAUGGCUUAGACGCUCUUAUUAACCAUUAAGAGAUUUAAAAGACAAAUAUGGUGCUAUCGGACCUCAUAUUGGGGUGGUCACAGCUCGUGACUGGUCAUGCGGACUCAUUGAUCAUAUCAUACUUAAAGAUGCUGCAUGUAAGAUUUUCUCCUCGGUGUGUUGCUGUGAAUUGACGUAUGAUGGCCCAUUUUUAAAUACUGACUUGGACACCGAUACAAACAGUAGCCCCCAAGCAUUCUGUGCUGUCAUUAACCAAUGCGGGCAACUUUGGGCUCAAUUCCCUAUGGGAAAAAAAUAUUCUAACUCUUAUAUAAUGAAGAAGGAAAAAGGUCCCUGCAGCAAACACAUCAUAGGGGCCAAGGAAUGUAAUGUUAAUGGUCGUCAUUGCAGUUAAACAGUGACAUAUUUCGAGAAAAUCCUACAUGUGUUACCUUUUACUAUCCUUGAUAUAUGCAGAUCUGUUCAACAGGUGUUUUUUUGUUUUUUUCCCCUACCAGUGCAAGUCAACAACCCUGCAGGUUUGAAAGGACACGAAGUCACAUGUAGCCUCCCUCCCCCUCGAUUACACCCUACACUGUGGCCCAACCUCAUGGCCGGGUUUGUCAAGGUGUGAUGUGUGUCGUUCGGUAGAUAGUGGCAGCGACCGUUGCCUCUCCUGGAAGAUUGGAAUGCUGCUUUUUAAGAGCACAUCCUCCGUUUUCCUCUAGCUGCUCAGUCGUUGUGACCUCUGUAAAGGCACGGUCUGAUUUGUCGACUAGUUAAAAGGUCCUGCUAGUGAGGCUUUCACAGCAUCUCGAACUAUGUUCCUGUAAUGGGACGCAGAGUUAAUGUUUUACGUAGAACAUGCAGAAAGUAGUCCUGCUUCUGUACUGAUUUAAACUGUUUAAAGCAUUGAUACCUCAUGGGAUAUUGCAGAGCGACAUUUCUAGUUUGUUGUAGCAGAUUGAGUUUUGGUUCCAUACCAGGGUUAUAGUUCAGCCUCAGCAUUCCUUGCGUGGUCAUUCUCAUAUUUCGUGGAAUGCUCAAGCUCAUGUUACCUUCGUAUGUCAGACUGAACCAAAGAUGCCAGCGGCCAUGCCCAAAUGCUGCUCUUCAGGCCUGGCUUCCUGUCCUUCCAAAAGACACCCCUGCAAUUGACAAAAAAUGUUUUUUGUCUCUUUAUUUUUUUGUGUGUGCGAUUUCUCAACUGUCUUGACUUAUUGAGCAACCCGAUUUUUCAAUGAAUUUUCAUUGAGUCUAUCUCUGAAGCCGUUCAUGGCAUCAAUGAUGGUUAAAAAUGGUUGCAAAUUGUGGUUACAGUACUUGUUUUGUUUAUUAUUAUUAUUAUUAUUAUUAUUAUUAUUAGUAAUAGUAGUAGAAUUAUUAGUAUUAUUGCUAUAAUUUACAAAAAUGAAAAUCCCAUGGUGUGCCUCCUAGCUUUAUGGGUUUAUAAAUGUUUUUUCCCUAAAGACCAGCAGUUAUACUUUGUAUAAAAGAUGGAUUCCUUAUUUUUUAUGCCAUUAAAGAUGAAAAAGCCUGUUUUCGUUACUCUGGACCCAGUAGCUGCACUGGUAUACAAUCGCACUGAUAGAUGAAUAAAAGAAAUAAACAAAAAAAGAAUAAAUGAAUCAAUAAUAAUAAUGAUAAUGACAAAUGAAAUAAGAACUACAAUAAA